UCAGAAGAACAAAAUCCCCUUGUCAGACCUUGCUUGUCGAAUUGAUGCUUCUAAUCUACUAGUCUAAUUCUCGACGCUUCUUCAGUUGGAGCUGUGUUGCUAUACUACCGGUCUGAUUAGCAGCGGGGUCCAUGCGACAGGGGUUCAACGUCACGUCUGACAUGUCUUGACCGUAGGACACUGGAUCACUUCUAAACUCAACAUUCACAUUCACAUCCAUCCAUCUUCAGGUCUAAAGUCGGCCUUUCUGCGCAUAAGCUAUCUAAAGCACGCAGCAUGAAAAUCGUAAUCAUCGGCGCAGGGAUCAGUGGCUGCGGUGCCUAUAUAGCAUUGAGGAAGCAUUUACCCAGACCGGCUCCACCGGCUGAAGAUCACACCUACACCAUCUAUGAAGCGUACGAUACUGCCAAAGACACCACGUUCAGGGAGCGUCCUGCCCAUGGCGAGACGCAUUCGUCGACCCUGAUCGUGGGCGGAGGCCUGGGCGUCUGUCCAAAUGGACUCGGUGUUCUCGCUCGUCUGGACGAGAGUCUCGUCAGAGAUGUCGUCCGAGCGGGAUAUCCAGUCUCGCAUUUCAAGAUGCAGAGCUCGUAUGGCUGGGAGCUGUUCCGGGGCUCUGCUGCGGGAAGCAGAGAGCCCGUGAUGAACACGGUGUCGAUGAGUCGUCAUGCGCUCUGGAGAUGUCUUCGAGAUCGCAUCCCGGAUGAUAUCAUCUUCAACAAGAGAGUAUCUGAAGUCGUCGCGAAUGCAGACGGCAGGAACAUUGUCAGAUUCGCAGAUGGUUCUCCCCCUAUCGAGGCAGACCUGGUCAUAGGAGCGGAUGGCUUGAAAAGCACAGCGAAAAAUGCCUUAUUUCAAGAAAACACUGGCGACCCUUAUCCUCCUCAAUACGAAGGCUUCGUCGGCGUCGGCGGCUUCGUCCCCGUCUCACCAGAUAUCAAAACCCACGUCGAACCAGGCACCAUGACAUUCACUCUCGGCGGAAACGGCUUCUUCGGCUACGCAUUCUCCUCCAGCUCACCAGACGACCCAAACCGCGACUCUCCAUCCCACGUCCCCGAACCAGGCAACACCGUAAUGUGGUGGUCAACCUACUCCAUCCCAACCUCUCCGGAUCCCAAAACCAUCAACAAGGACGAUAUCUCCCACCAACUCCGCCAACGCCACCACAACUGGCACGACCCCGUCAUCCAAAAAAUCAUCGAAUCAGUCACCGUCGAAAGCAUGUAUCCCGUCUGGACGACCCCCGAACUCCCCACCUGGGAACGCGACGGCGUCAUCCUCCUCGGCGACGCCGCGCACGCCCUACCCCCGAAUUCAGGCCAGGGAGCCUCCCAGGCUCUCGAGGACGUGGAAUCCUUCUCUCUAUUCCUAUCCCAUUAUCUCCGAAAAGCAUAUCGUGAUCCUCUACCCACGCAAAUCACAACGGAGAAAGAAGCCAUCAAACUCGCAGCCAAGAAGCAUAUGGAUCUACGACUUCCUCGUAUCAAAAAUAUUCUGCAAGAAGCGAAGAGAACGCAAAGUCGAAGACGCCAGAUGAGUCUCCUAGAGGAGUUUAUUAUGUAUUUUGCUAUCUGGGUUACUGGUCUAUUCGCAAAUAGCAAACGAGCAUCACGGGAACGAUUCGAUUAUAACGUCGCAGAGGAAGUUGAGUGGGUUCUCGAAUCCGAAGGUUAGUUAACUAGUUACUUAGUGGACUCGACUGGUUAAAUCGUAUUGUGCUAGUUAGUUAGUACUUAAAUCGUAAUACUCACUACUGUUGAGAGUAGUGAUGUGGAUAGGAUUUGGUAUCUUGACUGCUUGAUUAGUAUUAGUUAUAGUGGGAUAGUUGACUCAACAUUGCCAGUGACCUAUCAACUACCAGUCAAAAUUGAGCUUUAUUUUGAUCUUACCAUACCACAUCGUCCUUCCAGCAC